ACUGUGCGUCGGCUCAGCCGUCCAAUCAGAAGUCAGCACAGCAGAGGUGCUUCCGUUUAAGAAAGCGAGUACUUCCCUGCUCCGGACUGGACGUGGCCUAGUCGGCUUUACAGCAACCAUCCAUGCAGCGCUGCCUUACUCUGACCCUUGCCCGGCACAGCAGGCUACUUUUGAGAAACGAAUUUGCAUCUGUUCGCUGCCACCAGUCAGCGGCCAUGUCGAGUCUCCUCAUCAACCAGCCCAAAUACUCGUGGCUGAAGGAGCUGGGUUUAUCCGAGGACAACCCAGGGGUUUACAACGGGAGCUGGGGGGGCAGCGGCGAGGUGGUCACGUCCUACUGCCCCGCCAACAAUGAGCCGAUAGCCAGAGUUACUCAGGCUACGUUGGCAGAGUACGAAGAAACCGUCCAGAAGGCGAGGGAGGCCUGGAAGGUGUGGGCAGAUAUUCCAGCUCCAAAGAGGGGAGAGAUUGUGAGGCAGAUCGGGGAUGCAUUAAGAAAGAAAAUCAAGGUGCUCGGAAGUCUGGUUUCUCUAGAGAUGGGUAAGAUCUAUGUUGAGGGAGUGGGCGAAGUGCAGGAGUACGUUGACGUCUGUGAUUACGCUGUCGGUCUGUCGAGGAUGAUUGGUGGGCCCAUCCUUCCCUCCGAAAGACCCGGGCACGCUCUUCUGGAGCAGUGGAACCCAGUUGGCCUCGUCGGCGUCAUCACGGCCUUUAACUUCCCUGUGGCUGUCUACGGCUGGAACAACGCCAUCGCCCUGACCUGUGGCAACGUCUGCCUCUGGAAGGGUGCCCCGACCACCCCUCUGACCAGUGUUGCAGUCACCAAAAUAGUGGCUGAGGUGCUGGAACAGAACAAUCUGCCCGGGGCCAUCUGCUCCAUGACCUGCGGCGGCGCCGACAUCGGCACUGCCAUGGCGAAGGACGAACGCGUGGAUCUUGUGUCGUUCACCGGCAGCACCCACGUCGGGAAGCUCGUGGCCAUGAUGGUGCAGGAGAGGUUUGGACGCAAGUUGUUGGAGCUCGGCGGAAACAACGCCAUUAUCGUGUUUGAGGACGCAGACCUGAGCCUGGUGGUUCCCUCCGCCGUGUUUGCUUCGGUAGGGACUGCCGGCCAGCGCUGCACCACAACCAGGAGGCUGAUGCUCCACGAGAGUGUCCACGACACAGUGGUUGAGAGGGUGGCGAAGGCCUACAAACAAGUUCGCAUCGGAGACCCUUGGGACCCAAGCACCCUCUACGGCCCCCUGCACACCAAACAAGCCGUGGAGCAGUAUCUGGCUGCCAUUGAGCAGGCCAAGCAGCAGGGGGGUACCGUGGUCUGCGGGGGAAAGGUGAUGGAUCGUCCUGGAAACUACGUGGAGCCCACCAUCAUUACAGGAUUGCCUCAUGACGCGCCCAUCGUCCACACCGAAACCUUCGUCCCCAUCCUCUAUGUGCUCAAGUUCAAGACGGAAGAGGAAGCCUUUGCCUGGAACAACGAGGUCAAGCAGGGCCUGUCCAGCAGCAUCUUCACCAAAGAUAUGGGCAGAGUCUUCCGCUGGAUGGGGCCCAAAGGGUCCGACUGUGGCAUCGUGAAUGUCAACAUUCCCACAAGCGGGGCUGAGAUCGGAGGAGCGUUCGGCGGCGAGAAACACACCGGCGGUGGAAGAGAAUCGGGCAGCGAUUCUUGGAAGCAGUACAUGAGGCGCUCGACGUGCACGAUAAACUACAGCAAGGAUCUUCCCCUGGCGCAGGGCAUCAAGUUCGAGUGAUGCCCUCUAGUGCACUUCCGCAACACUAAAUCUUUGUAGUUUUCACGAUGUUAAAUAGUGCAAAACAUUUGCCUUUGCAUUCAGUAAGGUCAGCAGGAAAUGUGGAAAAACCUGGGAAUAAUUUUAAAGCGGCGUUUAGUCAUGAAUGUUGAUGCUAAUCCUGCAUAUGAAACAAGUUUGGAUAAUUUUCUGUUCAGGUCAAAUUCAGGUCAAAUGCUAAUCUCAAAAUGUUAAUGUGCACUUUUUUUACAAGCACAUAAGGGUCUGCUUGGUAACUAGAUGACUGUACCCAAGGCUUUAUACUGUAAAAAAAAAAAAAACUAUUUUGGAAGAGAAAUGUCAAUGAACUUGAAUGAUUAAAGAGCUUGUUAAUAAAUGUAGUUAACAAAA